UCCAAGUGUAGUUUCAUGUUUAGUGCUGAAGGGUACGGAGCUAGAGAGUGUUUAUGAUAUAAUGCAGUGAGAACAGGGAUUAACUCUAAAAUGAGAAUUUAUAUGAAAUAAAAACUACCCUGCUAUUAUAGGAAUGUUGAAGAGCUAGGAUGAACUCUGCUGUAGGAUCUCUUCUCCGACCUAGGUUUCUCUUCUCCGUCCUACUCCUGGUUCUGCUCUUGGACCCUGUACAUACACUCACACACAAGGACUGGUUGACCCUAAGGACGGAGAGAGCCUAUAUUCUCUCCAGUUAUAAACAUCUUAUGACAUCAAGUACCUUGAGCUGGGCCCGGGUUGAGGAUAUAGUAUCAGGACGGAUACCAACCUCCCGACUAGUUCUAGUUGAAGACUCAGCCGUCUGCAGGGUACGGGACGGAAAUGAGCAGCGCGCCGGGCGUACAGAUCUCUCCGGUUCCUGUCUGGCAGGCCCAGGGUUAAAGAAGCAUACUGAAUAUCAGGUUCUAGUGGAUGGAACCUCAUUGUCCAGGUAUGAAUGGAGAUACUGGGACAUGUACACGAUGCCGCAAACAGGAACAGUCGCGUACAAUACUAAAACCUACGUUGGAAGCUUUAGAACGGAGACAGGGCGGGAAAUAAUCGGAGAACUGGACUUUAAUCGAGGAUUAAAUGGGAAUAUAAAGUCCUAUGUUACUGAGAACAGUUCAGAGCUCUCGGUCCAAGGUUUAGCUCUCGUUGAGAUAGAACCAGUCAAAUAUAUUAUUGAUUCCGUUGAUUUGAACACUGGACGAGGAAAGAUAAAAAAGCGUGAUAUAGUCCUGGGAAAAAUUACUAUCUCUAGAGACAAGGAUGAAACCGAACCCGAGGAUUGGAAAUAUAUUGAAGGACGGAUUAAGUUCUCCGAACCUGUCUCCCAGUCCUGGGAUCAUAUACCUGGAACCAGUAAGGGAAUAGACACGGAGACAAGGUUGAGAAACCGAACCUACCAGUUCCCCUGGGGUAUGGAGUGGAAUGGAGAUGAGGUUGGAGAAAGACGGGUCGGAGCCAACCUUCAACCUGGAACCAAAAUUGACAUAACUCUUGAGGGGGUUCUCUUCAGUGGAGAUGUUCCUUAUACAGCAGUCUUCAUCCAGUUAUACAAGGACGAUGUGAGAAAAGAAACAAAUAUAGAAGGAAUAAUAACCCUGACCUCGGUAGAAAGUAUAUCGAUAGUCCAGGGUGUUCCAUCCUACCUGGAGACAGGUUUACCGGCUCCGCGUCAUCCUAAACCUACUCCAGUUCCAACCAAUCCAGCUCCAGCAACUACAGUACUCCCGGAGGAUACAGAGUACCCUGAGUAUACCCAGGAUAGUAUUAAAGAUGGUUCCAAGGAUUAUAUGGGAGAUGAGAGGACGGAUACUGACUCCAGACUACCCGCUACUCUCUACCCUCCUCCGGAACCAACAACUCGUAAACCCAACCCUCUGCGAAGGUUCUAUCCUGAAGAGGAAGAUAAGGUUGACAAGGAUAAAGUGACAGCUUCAAAGUUUCUGGAAAAUGUCAGCAGUGGGAAAUACCAAGUGAUAUUAAGCGGUGGACCUUUGAUGUGUAUUCUCUAUGUAUGCCUGCUUGAUUUAUUCUAAUCUUUAUGAGAUCUAAUCUAAUGAUCUAAAUGAUUAUAUGCUUUGAUAAAAUUGUUGAAAAAGCAAAACAGUAUUCAAGCUUUGAUGAUCGCUAUUUAGAAUGUGACAAACAGGAAAUGCAUGGAAUAAACGAGGUAUAUAACCCUGUAUCCCAUAUUUUCUUACCCUUAUGACUGGGGAAGCUUCUAGAUUUGAAUGCAUGUAUUAAGAAGAAACAUAAAAAGGCUCUUUUACGGGUAAUUUACAAUUAUAAAAUGGGUAUAUUGGAUCCUAGCUCACUAUAGUUUCAGUAGAAGUAAAUAUUUACAUUUACUGAUUAGUCCCGAUAUAAGGAUUCAUCUCUAAUUGGAUA